UUUUUUUUGCACACGUGCACUGUGCGGCGCGCGCCCCUCGCGUGCACACGCCAACGGCGGACAUCAGAGCGGGAGCGAAAAGGGGAAGACGUCCGGGAGACUCACUGGCGCCGUAACCCAGGAAUGUCCUCGCUCUUGGACGCUGAUCCCUCCUCCACGCGGAUGUUGAAGCAGAGCUGAUCGGCCGUCAGCAGCAAGUGUGAGCAGAGGAGAUGAGCAGCCAACAGCGGCCGUCGGUGCUCGCUUUAGCGGCACUUCUGAUCUGCACAGCACAGCACAGGACUCACGGCAACGAUUCGACAUCAUCAUCUGCAUCCCCAUCAGAGGUGACAGGCAGGGAGGAUUCUGGGAUGCAGCGCAGGUGGCUCAAAAACCAUGGCAACAGCAGUCAGGAAAGCGGGCCGCGGCAGAAGGCUUCAAGCCUCAAUGCUUCCGCUGUGGACUCAGUCAAGUGGAGCCCGCUGAGCUGGGCAUCAUCACCACUAUGUGCCUACCAAGUCUUAGAGGGGGGGGUCGGGGGGCCGCUCUGUUUUCGACACAUGUUGGCGGGCUACAAAUGCCACAAGGGAGACUGCAGGUCAGCAGUGUCUACAGGGAGCCUGGUUGCCAAUAUUCUCAUCAACGGCAGCGUGCUACUUCAGUGGAGCCAACGGGGGGAGGUUAAGGGGGUUCAGAGGUCAUCUGCUUGGACAAACUCGUCAAGUAGCGAACAACCAAAUAGUGUUUUUAGUGGCCGGCGCCACAGACGGGGAGGCUACGAGUUGAGCUGCUGGUGGAACGGCAGCUACACUCAGUUUGAGUGUGCCGGGGUCCAUCUCGGGUCCGGGUGCAGGGAUUUCCUGUUGAGCGAGCUGCACGAGAACAUCCCUUACCGCAUCUGCCUGCGCUCCGCCGCCCAGAGAUCAGACCACAAGGACUGCGUGGAAUUUAUACUGCCGCCGUCCGGGAUGCAGGAUAUCGUGAUCGCCAUGACGACAGUCGGGGGGGCCAUUUGCGUGAUGUUAGUCAUCAUCUGCUUGCUGGUGGCGUACAUCACGGAAAACAUCAUGAGCCCAGCAACACAGCACACAUACUCCUACCGCAAUCACUCACGUCACUGAGGCUCGACCCAAACACUAAGGUCCAAAAAGACCUCGCCUGAUGACCUUCACUUCAUUGUCCAGUGUGUUUGUGUGUGAAGCACAAUAGUGUCUCUGAAACAGAUAAAACUUUCAACCUCUGCAAAUAAGAGCUAAAGCAACUUUCCCAAUCUUGCACAGAGUCAAAUACAUCCCUGUUGAGUUCUAAUGUGUCGUUUGCAAACUGUUAUCAAUUUUGGGGUUUUGAGGUAGUCUUAUAGUAUUAGGGAAAAAAACUCCAAAGGCUUGUCUUCGUUCCUUGAUUUCUAUGUGCUGAAACAAAAAUCUCAUAAAAAAAUUAGAUACUGCUUUAGGUGAUAUUUGGGCAUUGACAUACAUGUGCCAUACAUAUCUUUUAUUAUUAUUGUACUUCGCAGCUUCAACAAACAAAUGAUACCAUAUUCCCAUAUAUACCAUAUUUCAUGUAUUUGCCAUCACUGAUACACUUUGUUGUGACAAAAAGAGCCAAAGAAAACACAAAAUGUACUCGAGGAAUUGAUCUUGAAGUCUUGUGAAUUAAUUUAGACUCAUUUUAUCCUAAGAAUUCAGGGUGAAUUCCUUAUUGUACGACCUAAUGGUAUUCAACUUUGGAGGUUUAACGACACUUUACACAGAGUAGACGGUGAUCCACUAAGAUGUGUUGCUUUCAUUGGUUUGUCAGUGAUGAAUAGUGAAUUUGUAAAUUAGCUGCAAUAUACACGAACAGAGUAAGUAAUGAAAUGCUUUGAGUGUAUCCCAUUAGCUGAUGUUCACUCACACAAGUGUCCCGCUACCUUGUGUCUUUGUAACAAAAAAAUACUGGUGUGAAUUACAUGCGUCCAUCAGACUUGUUUUGUAACGUAGGUCUGUAUACAUACAUCAUUUGGUAAAGGGCAAUACAAUCACUAAAUACUAUAACAAACAAAAUUAUCCACAAACGUUUGUGUCCUGCUGUCAGUCAAUAAAGUAUCAUGAGAUUAUUUAAACUAUU